GAGAAGGUAGUCAUUACCAUUGUUUGCUCGUACAUUGUAUCACCAAACAGAAACGGAUUCCAGCAGUCCGAGCCUGCAUCAUCACGACCAGAGCUCAAGUGCUUCCUUUUGUUUCCGGACAUCGGCCUUCACCGACGGUUCUCGCCCGCGGUAGGAUUCACUUCAAAGUGUUUUAAUAAGCAGCCUCUCGUGGCCAAAACACCACGUCUGUCUCCAAUAGACCAGGUUCCUGGAUCUGUCAAACUACAAACUACACUCACAUCACCAAACAACAUCAAAAUGGACAGCCGCGAGUUCAAGGACGCCGCCAAGGCCUCAAUUGACCACAUCGUCAACUACUAUGAGAACAUCACAGACCACAGCGUCGUCUCGCAGGUCGAGCCGGGCUACCUGCGCAAGCUGCUGCCCGAGUCGCCACCGCAGGACGGCGAGUCCUGGGACGUGAUCCGCAAGGACAUCGACUCCAAGAUCGUGCCGGGCCUCACCCACUGGCAGUCGCCCAACUUCUUCGCCUUCUUCCCCUGCCCGGCCUCGUACCCCUCGAUACUGGGCGAGCUGUACUCGGCCGCCUUCUCGGCCGCCUCCUUCAACUGGAUCUGCUCGCCCGCCGUCACCGAGCUCGAGACCAUCAUGCUCGACUGGGUCGCCCAGGUCACCGGCCUCCCGGACGUCUACCACUCCACCGGCCCCACCCGCGGCGGCGGCGUCAUCCAGGGCUCCGCCAGCGAGGCCGUCCUCACCAUGAUGGUCGCCGCCCGCGACAAGUACCUCCGCGACACCCUGCCCGCCCCGGGCUCCCUGCCCGACGACGAGCUCGAGGACCUCGACAUGCGCAAGCGCAGCAGGCUGGUCGCCCUGGGCAGCGAGGCCGCCCACUCCUCCACCAAGAAGGCCGCCAAGAUCCUCGGUGUCCGCUACGUCGCCGUGCCCACCUCGUCGGCCGUCAACUUUGCCAUGACCGGCGAUGCCCUCAGGGACACCCUCGACAAGUGCAAGGCCAAGGGUCUCGAGCCCUUCUUCCUGACCGCCACCCUCGGCACCACCGACACCUGCGCCGUCGACGACUUUGGCGCCAUCGCCGACGUCCUGUCCAAGUUCCGAGCGACACCGACCGCCGAAACCAACGGCACAGUCACCACCAACGGCACCAGCACCACCAACGGGAACUCACCCGCCCCGGCCCCAAGAAAGGGCGAGGUCUGGGUGCACAUCGACGCAGCCUACGCCGGGUCCGCCCUGGUGACGCCCGAGGCGCAGGAGUCGGUGGGCGUGCACCACCUGGCGCACUUCCACUCGUACAACUUCAACAUGCACAAGUGGCUGCUGACCAACUUCGACGCGUCGUGCGUCUUCGUCGCCGACCGGUCGUGGCUCGAGUCGGCGCUGGGCUCGGAGCUGCACGUCUACCGCAACACCUACAGCGACGGCGGGCUCGUCACCGACUACCGCAACUGGCAGAUCCCGCUGGGCCGCCGCUUCCGCUCCCUCAAGAUCUGGUUCGUCAUGCGCAGCUACGGCGUCGAGGGCCUGCGCCGCUACAUCCGCAGGGGCGUCGCCCAGGGCGAGCUGUUCGCGGGCUGGCUGCGCGGGAGGCCCGACCUGUUUGAGAUCGUCACGGGCCCCGCGUUCGCGCUGGUCGUGUUCAGGCUCGCGCCUGCGGGCGUCGAGAGCGAGGAGAAGAGGAAUGAGCUCACCAGGGCGCUGUACGAGGAUGUCAACCGCUCGGGUAAGCUUUGGUUGACCAGCACGGUCCUCGAGGGCAAGUUUGCCAUCAGGGUCAUGACGGGCAAUAUCACGACUGAGGAGGAGCAUGUAAAGGCUGCCCAUGAGCUGAUACUGGCUACCGCAGAGAGGGUUGUCAAGGGUCAAUAGAUGGGUUCAGAUAUUAGGCUCUUCUUUUCUGUUUCUGAAAGGUGGGAGGAAGUUGUGUGACAGAGAAAGACCUCUAAGAUCCUAGACUCUGUUUGGGGUUUCCUGGGCCCCUCGCAAUGGUGGCAUACAAAACAAAGAGUUAGAUGUAGCUAGUGCAGCAUCAUCAUGCAAGCGUUCGUUUUCA